AUGAGAGUGGGUGUAGUUUGGUGGUGGGUAGUGCAUAGUGUUGGGUGUGGGGGGGUGUGGGGGGUGUGUUGGGGGAGUACAGUGGUGUGUUCGGGGGUGAUGGUAAUUGGGGGAGGUAUGGUUGUGGUUGGUGUGGGUCGUGUUGGUGUGGGUGUAUGGGGGGGUGUUGUGAGGGUGGAUUGGGUGGCGUGGUGGUGUCAUGUUGAGUGGUGGGCGGUGGGUGGGUUAUUGUUGCUGUUGGUUUUGUGUUUUGUUGUUUUCGUGUGGUAUGUGGUUUUGGGUUGUUGUUGGGGGUGUGUUGGUGAAGUGUGUGUUUUGGUGGGUGGUGGAGGUAUGUGGGUUAGGUGCUGUGGAGACGGAAGAGAGAGAGGCGAUAGUGGUGGUAGGUAUGGGGGGGGGGUCUGUGCGGUUUGUGGUGUGUGGGUGUGUUGGUGUGGGGGGGGGGUUGGUUUGGGGGGUGUCGGGGCGUGGGGGGGGGGGAGUUGUGUGGUUGUGUUGCCUUUCGGUCGGGAGGUGGUGGUUUGUUGGUGUCUGGGGGGUAGAGAUGGUGGGACGGGGGGGGAGUGUGUCGGAGGGUUCUGUGAGCGGGGGGGUUGUGUGUGUCGUGUGUGGUGGGGUUGGAGGGUGGUGGUAUGGGGGUGUGGUGUGCGGCAGGUAGUGGGUGGGAUGGUGUUUGGGUGGUGGGGGGAUGAUGAGUGUUUGGGUUGUUCAGGUGUGGGGGUUUUGUGUGGGGGGGCAGGUGUUUGUGUUGGGUGGCGAUGUGUGUGGUGUUGUUGUGUGUGUGUGAGUGGAUGCCUGGGGCGUUUGCUGGUGUGGGGGGUGGGGUGUGUUUGGGAUGGGUUGUUGGUGUGUAUGUCGUGUUGUUGUUUUGGUAAUAGUGUGGGGCGUGUGGGUGAGGUGUGUGUUGAGGAGGUGGGUGGUGUUUGGUGGGUUGGUGGGUGUUUGGGAUGGGUGGCGGGGAUUUGGGGGGCGUGGUGGAGGUUUGGCGGGUUGUUUGGAGUGUGGGGGUGGUGUGGUGUGAUGUGUGGGGGGUGUGAUAGGUGUUGGUUAGGGGGGGGGGGGGGGGGUAAGCCGGUGGGUGUUGAUGUGUGUCUGUGGGGUUGUGUACUGGGUGGUUGUGGCGGUCGCUUGUGGGGGUAUGUGGGUGGGGAGUUAGCGGUGGGUGAGGGGUGUGGUAAGGACGUGGAGUGGUGGUCGUGCUGUGGUGGGUGGGCGUCUGUCGGGGGGGGAGGUAGUUCGUGUGAGUGGGUGUUGUGUUGUGGGGUUGGUGGGGGAGUCGAAGUGGUGGCGUUGGUUUGGAACUGUGUGGUUUGUGGGUGGUUUGGUGCUGUGGGGGUAGUGUGGGUUGCGGUGUGGGGUAGGUGUGUUUUGGGGGGGUGUGGGUUUGGUGUCGGGGGUAUGGUAGGGGUGGAGUGGUGUGGUGGGGGGGGGAGGUUGUGUUGGGGGGGGCGUGGGUGGUUGGGGUGGAUGGUGUUGGGGGUAGUGUGGUUGGUGUUCGGUGUGUUGGUGUGUGGUGGCUUGGCGGUGGUGUGGUGUGUAGGGUGGUGGUGUGUUGAUGCGGGGUGUUGGUGUGGGUUGGGUGGGGGUUGUGUGAUGGUCUUGGUUGGGGUGUGUCCUGGCGGGUGUGGUGUGUUGGUGGUGUGUGGGUGGGGUGUGUGUUGUUGGGUGGGGAUGGGGUUUUGGGCGUUGGUGUGGUUGGGUUGGGGUGUGGUUUUUGUUGGUGGGUGUGGUGUGGUGGGAACUGUGUCGGUGGUCUGGUUUGCGGGGGGAGGUUGGAGUUUGACUUGGGUUAGUCUUCGUGUGUUCGAUGGGUUGGAGUUGGUAGGUGUGGUGGUGUUGGAACGUGUGUUGGUGUGUGUGUGGGUUGCAUCUGUGAGGUGCGGGGGUGGUACGGUGGGGUGUGUGGUGGGUGUGGUAGGGUUGUCGUAUGGAACGUGGUGUUUGGUUGGUUGGGUGUGUAAGUUGGGUGUAUUGGUGGUUGGUGUGGAUGUGUUGGGUGUGGUGAUUGGGUGUGUUUACGGUCGGUGUUUUGGGUUUGAGGUGAGUGGGUUGUACGGUAGUUGGGUUGUUGUGUGGGUGGUUGGUAUGGGGUCGUGGGUGGUGGGAUUAGUUGGUGGGAGUUGUGUGGGGUUCCUGGUGGUGGUGUUGUGUUGGGUUUCGGGGGAUGUGGAAUUGGGUGUGUUGGGGGGUUUGUGGUGUGUUGUUGUGGGUGGGUGGUACGGUAUUGUAGAGGGGUGUUGUGUAGUGGUGUGGCUGGUGGGAUUGUGUAGGUUUGGGGUUGGGGAGUGGUUGGGGGUGCAUGUGGGUGGGUGUGGUGUGUGUGGGUGUGUGAUUGGGGUGGUUUGUGUUUUUGUGGGUGUGUUGGGGUUGGUUGGUCGGAGGGUGGUGUGUGUGGGAGGUCGGGGUGUGUCGGUUGUGGUGGUUGUUGUGGGUGGGGGUGUGGGUCGUGGUGAUGGUGGGGUGUUUUGUGGUGGUGUGGUGGGGGUGGGGUGGGUGUGGGGGAGGGUUUGUUGUUGUGUGAGUGUGUUGGGGGUGGGGUGGUGGAGGGGUGUGGGGCUUGUUGAUUGGUUGUCGGAGGUGUGGGACGGGUGUGCGUGUUUGGUAGUGGUGGGGGUGUGGGUUGGCUGGGGUUCGGUGUUCUUGGUUGUGUGGUGUGCCGUGGGGUGGUUAGGGGGGGUUAAGGCGUUUGUGUUGUGGUUUGUUAGUAUGGUGGGUGAUGUGUGUUGGGUGGGUCGAUUGGGGGGGUGUUAG